UGACGUCAAUUAUCACGUGACUCCGAGCUCUCUAUCAACAUGGCGAGCGGGGAUAAACCUGCGAGUAAAUCAGGAGCCGUGGCUGUUAAGGCCCAGGAAUUCCUUGUUGGUCCACGCUAUGUUGACUUGAAAUACAUUGGAGAGGGUGCAUACGGAAUGGUUGUGUCUGCCCUGGACACUGUAACUAAACAGAAGGUUGCUAUCAAAAAGAUCUCACCAUUUGAACACCAGACAUAUUGCCAAAGGACCCUCAGAGAGAUUAAGAUUUUAACAAGAUUCAAACACGAAAAUAUUAUCAAUAUACAAGAUAUUCUUAGAGCACCUACCAUUGAUGAGAUGAAAGAUGUUUACAUCGUCCAGUGUUUGAUGGAAACAGAUAUGUACAAACUACUGAAGACCCAGCAGCUCAGUAAUGACCACGUGUGCUACUUCCUGUACCAGAUCCUGCGCGGCUUGAAGUACAUUCAUUCGGCAAACGUCCUUCAUCGUGACCUCAAGCCCAGCAAUCUCCUCCUCAACACAACCUGUGAUCUGAAGAUUUGUGAUUUUGGUUUGGCUCGAGUAGCUGACCCAAAUCAUGACCACACUGGAUUUUUGACAGAGUAUGUCGCAACAAGAUGGUACAGAGCCCCAGAGAUCAUGCUCAACUCGAAAGGCUAUACCAAGUCAAUUGAUGUCUGGUCUGUUGGCUGUAUCCUGGCAGAAAUGCUGAUCAACAGACCACUCUUCCCAGGGAAACACUACCUGGACCAGCUGAAUCACAUUUUGGGCAUUCUGGGAUCUCCUGGCCAAGAAGAUCUCGACUGUAUACUCAAUGAAAAGGCCAGAGGCUACAUCCAGUCCCUUCCUUAUAAACCCAAAGUCCCAUGGAACAGACUGUUCCCCAGGGCUGAUCCCAAAGCCUUGGACCUUCUGGACAAGAUGUUGACCUUUAACCCCCACAAGAGACAGACAGUGGAAGAGUUACUGGCCCAUCCCUACCUAGAACAGUACUAUGACCCAGCAGACGAGCCAGUAGCAGAGGAACCAUUCACAUUUGAGAUGGAGUUAGAUGAUCUACCCAAAGAGCGACUGAAAGAAUUAAUUUUCCAAGAGACAGUGGAUCUAAAGAAGAAAAUGGGAAUUGCUGAUUUAUAAUAGGAUAAGACCAAAUUUUGCAUAUCUACAGCUUAUUCCAUUUUCUGCGGCACAGAUAAUAUUACGACAUCAGUGUGUAUAGAUGUGUCAAGAAGUCAAUGGAUUUAAACAUUCCAUACAAACGCCACAAGUCGCCGCCGCCAUAGAAAGCUAGGUGGUUCUCCUCUGGACUCAUUCUGGAUCUGACACGACGGCAUUUGAUCUUUUUUUUUUAAUAUUGCAUAAUCACUGUAAGAGCUUACAAGUCAGUGUUGUUAUAAUGGUAAUCUUCCACUCCUCAUUUCCUGUACAAUGAAUAGAACGUUGUUAGCCUCAUUGACAGACUCUGUCUUUAUACCUCUCUCAGUAGAAUUAUCGUUUGAUAUGAAUCUUUGUAUGAUUGAAAUUAUCAAACACAUGCAGACUUCUACACACACAAGACUUAAUUAUUCUACACAUCUGAUUUAGUUAACUGUUUUAGGAAAGAAAUUACAGUAUAUUUAUUAAAGGACUACACCGAGAAGAAAGCACAGCAAGCAAUACACAGCAUAAAUGACCGGGUCUAGUGACUUUGUUGACAGAUGAAUUUCAUUGAUCUCUCUCCAAUGUAUUACCGUACAUUUUUAGUGAAUUUUAUUUUGAAUUUUUUUGAAAUUUGAGAUCACAUUGAAACGUAAUGCAGCAUGAAGCUUGGUCCCAUGGAGGGGACAUUAGAAGUUGAUUCUUUAAUUGGGUAUUUUACAUACCUUUGUUAUUAUCUCAUUUGUUUUCUAUGUUGUUGUCUUUUUACACAGAAAGUUGAAUAAUAAGUGCUAGCAUUUCACCCAUUGGAAUAUAUUUACAUAUAGUUUAUUUGAUUACUCAUAUUUUGUGUACAUAUUUCAUAUAUUUGUAUAAUUUUGGAUAAUGGUUGACCUAAACAGUUUAUUUAUUAUUAAUUCAUAGUUUUACAUGUAUUGUAAUCAAGUUUCUACAUUGAUAGAAUGGGGUUUUUUUAUGAAAAAGUAAAAGUCCAUCGCUAUCAGAAUGAGUCCCGCACUCAUAAAAGACAUGGAUCCAUUUAAAUUAUUGCAAAACAUUUUUGACUUCAUACAUUGAAAAAUCUCCAAAGACUUAUUUAUACGUAACAGGCAUUGUCAUUCCAUUCAGGGGAAACUGGUCAACUCAUUUAAUCAUUCAUUGGUCCAGACUGUUGAUUUUAGAGUAAAAAAUAUUACAUAUAAGGAAAACAAUUAUUUACGAAAAAAUAGCAUUGUUCCUGCAAUAAUGCCACAGUACAUAGGAAUUUUUUUUAUUUCAUUCACUGUAAUUUAUUACAUAUAAAGCAUUUUCGAUUGCCUCAGCAGAUUAUUUAAAAUUCAAGAUGCUUAGGUAGAAACUUAAAAUGAUAUAUCCCGACUGAUAGGAAUUUAUACUGUUAUUUUUUUUUCGUUAUCUUGGUAUACUUUCAUACUACAUUGACUGUUUCUUUAUAUUAGCUUUGACAUAUACAAAUUUAUAUCAAUAUUUGUCUCCCUUAGCAUAUAAAACUGGUACCAAGCUUAUUCUUAAACUGGUAUGCCACAGUUUUGAUAGUCUACAGUUUCAGCUGAUUAUGUAUAUUUUAUGAAUACCCCCAGGGAGUGGUCUUCAAACCCGCCCCCUCCUCCCCCUACCCUGAUGUGGGGCAGUUGUUGUAUUGAUGUAUACUGUAUAUAUAUAAAGAGUACAUAGACCCUACAACUUAUUGACAGUCCUAAUUGUUAACUCUCCAACAUGUUGUUGUCAAAAUUAUUGUGAAUCUUUGUCCAAAGAUUUUGUGUAAUUUUGUCAAUCGUUGUACAAAGUGAAUAUAAUCCUUGUCUCUCCAGAGUCUCUGCGGGAGUUCGCGUUACUCCCUGUGGUCUAAUGUAAGACUAGGCACAAAUACUAAACUGGAAAAACUCACUUAACUUGGUUAGUUAUACCAGCAUCCAGUGUUAACUGAUUUUUUGAACUGUCUUCAUAUCUUAACUAGCUUUUUAUAUAAUACAUGUAUGAGUGCUCUUUUUGUAGAAUCAUCAUCUGAAUACACUUUAUAAUUUGUUGUUUGAAGUUCAGCUGUUCCAAGUUCUAAGUCAAUUAAAAAGAGGAAAAAUAGAAAAUGUACAUAUUGAAAAUGAAUAUAUGUAUGUUAAAAUAAAUUAAUUCAUAUUGAAAUAAGAA